UCUCUCUUUCCCAUCAUCCUCUUUCAUCGUCACCCUCACUCCCUCUUUUUCCUUUUUUGAUUUCGUCCUUUCUCUUCCCUUUCUUUUGUCUGUGAUCCACUGUGGUCGGCUCUCUCCUUUUGCUCAAACCUCGCGGAUCCCUUGCCGGACUGGUCGCCUCCCGCUCGUCUCGUCAUGAGUUCGCAGCGGUACCAACGGGUCAAUCCCCACGAGGUCGACGAAGAUCCGAAUUCCCAAUCCUCCAUUCCCUUGCGACCAGACCAGACUCCCUCUUCGCCCCCGCCUUCCUUCCGCUCUCGAUCCUCCUCCUUCUCCUCCAGACGCCUCCUCCACGAUGACCCCAACCGAUCGAAUGCCGACCAGACUCUGGCGGAUGCGUUCGAUGACAGCAGCGACUCCGAUUCCGACCACGAGCCCGAUGAUCGUCAGCGCUUAAUGCGGGCCCAGCCCGACUCCCGACCGGUGGCGGAUACCCUCAGCACCAAUAUACCUGUUGCCUCAUCGUCGGGCGGCAACAGCGAACAGCAACAGUCACAGUCGGGUGGAUCGCAGAGUUCGGGAAUUUUACGGAGACCGACGAUGUUGCCAUUCCUGGGGUCGACCGGUUCAUCUGCCAACCGGGUCGUCACCUCGUCCAAUGACGGCGUCUUUGCGAACCUGGCGGCCAAGCCCGAACGGGGUGAGAAGAGCGAAGAUCUGCCUCCCUCAUAUGAAGAAGCAGCCGCCGAUGCGACUCCGCCUUAUUGGGAGACGACGAUCCUGGCACCCGGAUUCUCGUCCGACGAGGUAUUUGUGGACGGCUUACCGGUCGGAUCCGUCUUCUCGUUUGUCUGGAAUGCCAUGAUUUCCAUGUCCUUCCAGCUGGUCGGCUUCCUCCUGACCUACCUCCUGCACACCACACACGCCGCGAAGAACGGCAGCCGGGCGGGUCUCGGCCUGACCCUGGUGCAAUAUGGGUUUUAUAUGAAGGGGGGCAGCGACCCUCAGGGCGAGGAUGGUGACGCAGAUUAUGUGACGCCGCCGGACCCCAACAGCCACACCUUCGACCCGGACUCGGUGAACGGCCGAGGGGAUGGCGGGGCUGGGGGUGGUGCGCCGUCCGGCAUCUCCACGAGCGAAUGGAUCUCCUACGUCUUGAUGAUUGUCGGUUGGUUUAUCUUGAUCCGGGCCAUCAGUGAUUUUCUACGGGCUCGCCGUCACGAGCAGCUGGUCUUGCAGAGCCCAGAGCGCGGACUCAACGUCCCGAUCAUCGCGGAGGGCGAACGAUCCGAGACCGUUGUGUGAGUUCCCACAGUCGUAUCGCACAGUCGGAAACCGAUCUGGAUCUGUCGACUUCUGUGGAUGAGGAGGGUCUAGCUUAGGAGCUCUGGAGCUACGGAGUUUUUCGUUCAUUAUUUUCCAUUCAUUGUUAUUUCCCUUUUUUUUCUAUUUUUUUUUAUUCAUGAUCUGCUUUUUCUUCAUGUGUUUGGUCGCUUUCUUGGAGGAACGGAUGGACAAUGGG